UUUUUCCACAUGCACACACACAUAUUUGGUUGAAGAAGUUUAUUUGUAAUCUUAACUCUUAAGUGAAUGGACACAGGUAUUAAGAAAUCAAAAUAGACCGAUCUUAUUAAUCAGGUUCGUAUAUCCAGAGCUGCACGUCCCUGAAGAAUGCAGGAAGCAAAUAUAGAAAAUUAAAAGGCGAGCAGCAGAUUUCUCAGGAGCUCAGGGGUGGCAAUGUCCAAGGCAGUGCGUCUGGUGUUGUGGGACGUGAAGGACACUUUGCUGCGUGUACGCAGGUCAGUGGGACAGCAGUACUGCGAGGAGGCUACGCGAGCCGGCUUAACCCUGUCUCCUGCCGAGGUGGAAACCGCCUUCCAUCGAGCAUACAGGCAGCAAUCUGCCCUUUACCCCAACUACGGCAUAGCCCAGGGGCUUGGAGGGCAAGCCUGGUGGGCUCGGGUGGUACGAGACACAUUUUUACAGUGCGGGGUGCGGGACGAAGUCCUCCUGGACAGGUUAGCGCACAAUCUGUACCAUGGCUUCAGCAGACCGGAAAACUGGGAGGUGUUCGGUGACUCUGAACGGACCCUGCAGAGAUGCGCCUCUCUGGGCCUGCAGCUGGGAGUCGUGUCCAACUUUGACCUCCGCCUGGAAGGCAUUUUGCGCGGAUAUGGGCUUCUGCCCUACUUCUCCUUUGUGGUGACCUCAGAAGGAGCCGGAGUGGCCAAACCCAACCCAGAUAUCUUCCGGAAGGCUCUGCAGAAGUGCCGGUUGCCAGCUGCCAGCGUGGCGCACGUUGGGGACAGCUACAUCAACGACUACCUGGCCGCGCGCUCCCUCGGCAUCCGGGGAUUCCUCCUGGACAGAGGAGGAGGCGAGGGCUCGGCGCAGGUUCCCGCAGAGGAUCGCCUAAUGUCCCUCGAGGAGCUGCCUUCACGGUUAAAGCAGGAUACGGACUGAUGGUCAAAAUGCAAUGCAGGAGGUGCAGAGGAAAGUCAGUCAGAUCAAGGUUCCGGUCAAGUUCUCCUGUUAAACACUUUUGGUUUUGUAUUGGU